AUGAGUGGUGGUUUGCGGGUCCCACCGCCCUCGGUUGGUCGGCAAAGGCCGAAAAAGAAGGAAGGCGCAGCAGUAAUGGAGAGGGUGUUGUCGAGGGCGGCAGUCUCUCUCUCCAUUCCCGCGGGCAGCACCCUGACAUACUUAGAGGUGCUGCGGCAGACGGCGCGACUUAAUGUCGAAGAUGUAGAGAUGUCGGGGGUGCGCCAUCGUCCCUCUGCGACAGGAGGGUUGGUAUUUAUGGUACUAAGGAAAGUAGUUACGGCAACACGGUUAGCCGAUAGUCUGACCACUCUCUUUGGUGAAAAUGUUUGGGUGGCCAGACCCCAGAAGUUUGGAGAACUUCGCGUAAAAAGGCUGGUCACCUCGAUUUUUAAGGAGGACGUGGCGUCCUUGGCAACAGACGGUGUCUGCCUGCAGGAAGAAGUUAGGGCGGGUGACCCCCGUUUCACUACCGCGGACAUUGGAACGGUGUGGGCGCAUCUCCCGCUACGGGCGGCGCGUUGCGUUAUCAACGCGGGGUAG